CUUUCGCUAUACGACCUGAGUUCGCUUCAGGCAGCCGCCGCUCUCUCUCUCUCCCGCGUCCGUCCCACCUUCGCAAGCCAGCCACCUCCCUGAGAGGCCUGACCGUGAUUUCGGCGUGGCAUCCAAAGGCGGUCAAGAUUCGAGAGGCCGGAGGAACCAAGCGUAGGGCCUCCGACCCCACGUCGUCGUCCGCGCGCGCCGCCCGCCGCCGCAGGGAGAUGGGGGCCGAUUACUACAAGGUCCUCGGCGUCGACCGCGGCGCCAGCGACGACGACCUCAAGAAGGCCUAUCGGAAGCUCGCCAUGCGAUGGCACCCCGACAAGAACUCCACCAAUAAGAAGGAGGCAGAAACCAAGUUCAAGGAGAUCUCUGUGGCAUACGAGGUCCUUAGCGAUCCCAAGAAACGUGCAAUCUAUGAUCAGCUAGGGGAAGAAGGGCUCAAGGGGCAGCCGCCCCCAGGAGCAGGAGGUCCUGGCACAUCUCCCUUCUUCCCUGGCGGGGCUCAUUCCACCGCUCACCAUUUUAACCCGAGGAGCGCGGACGAUAUAUUUAAAGAGUUCUUUGGAUCCCCUGGCAUGGGUGGCAUGAGAACGGAACCAGGAUUUCAAAGGUCAAUGUUUGGCAACGAUAUCUUCUCUUCGCGCUUCCGCGCUGAGGGUUCCACCAGUAUGCAGCAGCCAUUGCGCAAGGCAGCUGCAAUUGAGAAUCCACUUCCAGUCGGCCUUGCAGAUCUCUACAAGGGUGUGACAAAAAAGAUGAAAAUCUCAAGAGAGACUAUUGAUGCCAGCGGGAGAAUCUCAAACACAGAGGAUAUUCUGACAAUACAAGUAAAGGCUGGUUGGAAGAAGGGAACAAGGAUUACAUUUCCUGACAAGGGAAAUGAAGCUCCAAAUAUGAAACCUGCUGAUAUUGUUUUCAUCAUUGAUGAGAAGCCCCAUGAUGUUUUCACUCGGGAGGGAAAUGAUCUUGUCGUGACUGAGAAGAUCUCACUGGUGGAAGCACUGACUGGCUAUACCGCACGUGUCACUACGCUUGACGGGCGGAGCCUAUCAUUGCACAUCAACUCAAUAAUCCAUCCAAAGUACGAAGAGGUGAUGCCUGGAGAGGGCAUGCCAGUGCCCAAGGACCCCACAAAGAAGGGAAAUCUGCGGAUUAAGUUCAACAUAAUGUUCCCCUCUAGGCUGACUUCUGAUCAGAAGGCCGGGAUCAAGAGGCUAUUGGGUUCUUAGGCCGCCACCUCAAAUGACAUCUUCUUUAUGAUGAAAGUUGUUUGUGAAUAUUGCCAGUAAUUUGUUUGUCACAGUUUAGUUUUUUAAAGUGGUGCCCUUAGUUUUGCCGAUGUCCUC